UAUCUAUCGCCAUAGCCCGGCUGUCGCUCCGUAUACAUGCAGUGUUCAUACUAUUGAGACAUUAUCCUUCCACCAAGCGCGAGAUGAAAACGGGGCCCAUCUGGCAUGAAUGCCCAAAGGCAAAAUGAUCACUUGCAUUCAUACGGCCGUACAGUCAUGCUCCUAGCCGAUGCUGAAGACAUCCGACAGAGGCCCAGAGCCGUGAGCAUGCAAGUCGGAGCGAUCCGUACCCACAAACUCCCGUGUCCGGCUGCCCCACCUCACGAUGUUCUCUGCCGCCGGCCUUGUGGUAGUCGUGGUAGUAGUACGAGUUACAAGGCUGGCACCAGAACGGGGCCCACGUCUUUGUAUAUGGGGCAUAAAAGAUGGACGCUUUUGCAAUGGUACGAGUGCUGUAGGGAGUACGGUUCGGAGUACUACGCACAUGUACCACGACGACGCUACUGUAGACGCGAGCACUUACAAGCAGCAGUUUGCGAUGUGUAUCAUGCUCGUCAACCCGAGACGCACAGUCGGAGCGUUGCAAACGCGUGUCGGCGCUUCCAGCAUGCACAUCAUGGCCACUCAUAUGCCCACAAGCCGAUAAGGGCGAGCAAGUUUGGAGUCCGAGGAGCGCCUUGGCGAGGGCUUACUCGUACAUACAUACAGGGAGACGCAAGGAUCCGAGCUCGGACGGCAUCCGCUCCGCCAUGCCAUGCCAUGUCAUGUAGCAUGUACGGUGCAGCAAGGAGCAUGGAGCAUGGAGCCUGUGCUAUCAUGUAUCAUGUAUCAUGUAGUAGCAUGUAUGGCGAGCAUCAGCAGAACAUCAAUAGUUGCCGGCCCAUGCAUGCAAACGGUAGGCACGGAAAUUAUUUUCAUCUCGAACGUACACCUUCAGGCAGCAUUUUCUGCUCGCACUUUAACUCUCUCUCUCUAGACUGCGGGGGAAUGGAGGCAGCUGACUUUGGCAGAAGCGAAGCAAGCGGGAAGUCAUGUUCUGCAUGCCCGUGAUGGAUGGCACAGCACAGGGAACUCACAUCGGCAAAGAGAGAGCCCACCUCUUCCGUACAGGAUUCUCAACUAGGGAGGAGGAGAACCAGCCACAGUAGCAGUCAGUUUUCACCUUCGUCUUCUUCUUUUUGCCUCCGAUAUGCAUCCAAUGGACCCUGUGGCGAGAGGAAAAUACAGUUAGAGAAAACGCCUCCCGUCUGGACGAUUCCUUUUUCCGUAUUACGAGUACACCGGUCUUCUGGGCCUUUCGCCAUUGCCGCAUGCCGCAUGCCACAAAUCAAAUGUAAGGGAGAUGGUAGCGGCACACGAGUACCUUGGUGGUGUGGCACUUACUUUCUUGGGUUCUACAAGCCGCAGAUUCCAAGGCAACGAUGCAGGAAGCUAGUAGCAUUAGUAUUACCAUAUCCACACCGAGUCGUAGUCGGAGGGGGGAGUGUGUGAAAGGCUGAGAGG